AGAUUACUUCGAUUAUAUACAAAUUUGUGUUAUUUUGUUCUAAUAAUAAUUGUGAUUAUUUAUUUUUAAUUUUGUAUUUGUAGUGAUAAUGAGACCUGCGAGCGGACGACAAAAGUGCGACUGCUGCAGAAAUUAUGGAAAAGCGGAAUUCAAAAAAAUCAUAGAAUUUAAAGAUUCUGGUAUUGCUCUUUACCGAUAUUGGCCACAAACGGAGGAUGAAGCACAAAUAGGCACUGAAACUGGAGAAGUUCUUAUUCUUCGAAACACUCGAGAUGUUGACCUGAAAAUAGAAGAAUUGACUGCGGAAGCAGGGAAGAAAACAAUUAGUUGCCCGCGGUGUAUAAAAAUGAUUGAACGUGCAAAAUGUUUAUUUACGGAUCUUCCGCCCGAUAAAAUUCGAGAAGUUGCAGGCGUCUGCGACCACUGCUACCAAAAAGAUUUUUUUCCCUGUCCCUAUUGCGACAAAGUCGUUAAUAAAUUUUUAAAGUUCAUUUUAGAAGAGGAACGUAAAACACAAGAGUGUAGGCAACAAUAUAAGGCGUGGCUUUCUAAAACUCGACGAUCGUUUAAAAAAUCUGUGACAAAUAUCAAAGAUGGUAAGCUAGAAUCUCAAGCACCUGUGUCCAGAUAUAUUCCCACUAUGAUGCCCCAACAAAAGCAAAUAGAGGAAGAACCGACAAGAGUCCUUUCUUUUCUUGAGUUUUCCGAAGAAGAAAAACUAAGAGUCGAAGGUGAAAGUGAACUUGACAUGGAAAAGAAGAAACGUCUAGCGGAAGAAAACGUAGCGAAGGCAUUAAAAUCAGUGUCGUUCGACGCCUUUUCUAAAACAGAUUUGGAACCUACCCUAAUUAAGGUUAGAGAUAUUAAAGUUAUAUCACCGAUUGAAAAAGAUAAACCAUCUACACCAAUAAUGGACGAACUUAUCAAAUCCCAACCAACAAUGGAACAAGAUAUAGAAACUACAACAGUGAUGCAAAAAAUAAUCAGACCUAAACUAGAGAUUGAAAAAUACAGCAAACCAACACAAUUGACUAAAAAAUAUACCAAACACCAGUCAAUGAUGGAAAAAGAAGUCAAACUUAAGUCAAUAAUGAAGAAAGGGUCCGUUAAAAAACCACCUCAUGAUGUUUUUCCGAAAGAUGACAGAACGCCCCAGGGAAAAAGGAAACUACAAAGUUCUCCUACGACAAUACCGUCUUUUGAAACAAUUAUGAAGACCCUGAGUGAACCAAAUGUCAGUAACUUUCGUUAUAUUUUUCCUCGUGGCAAAAUUGUAACCACGAAGCAAUUGAAGGGUUGUGUUAGUUCUUCGGAACUAAUUAAAACUACGCAAGACAUGCUUGAUGAACUAAAAGAGACGGAAAGAAAGAGAAAGGAAGACACGAGAAGAAAACGGGAAGAAGAAAAGAAACAAAAAACUGCAGAAAAGACAAGGCUAUUAAAGGAAGAAAGUGAAAAACGAGAGGAAGGGAGGCUAUUAGAGGAGGAAAGAAAAAAACAUCAGGAAGGGAGGGAUAUUAAAUACGAGGAAAGUAUAGGCAAAGUGUCAGAGCAAUUAGCAAGAAGAAGAAAACAAGAUGGCACGGAAGUAAUAAAUGCUCGUAAAGAAGGACUUUCUGAACAAGAAAAGGAAUUGUCACAAGCAGGAAAAAUAAGAGAACAACUAGAAAAAGAUACAGCUUUAGGAGAUAAAAAAGCCAGGGAAGCUGAAAAGGCAAUAGAAGGAAUGCGAGAAGAUAAAUUGAGAAAGCAAAUCGAUCAAGGACAAGAGAAAAAUAAGCAAAGGGGUGAAAUGCAACGUGAUGCUAAAGCAACGACAGCUUUGAAAGAACAAAUGGCUAAACAAGCGAAAGAUAAAUCAGAAGAAGAAAAAUUGCGAAAGCAACAAGAGAAAGACGAAGCACUGAAAGAAAAAAAAGCAAAAGAAGCCGAUAAACAAUUAACUUCAGAAAAACUAACAAUAGAUAAGAAAACAACACACCCAGAAGCAAAAUCUGGUGAAGACGAAGAUAGAAUCGGAAAAGGCCAAAAAGAGAAAACAAUUUAUCAAGGACAAGAGAAAAAUAAGCAAAGGGGCGAAAUGCAACGUGAUGCUAAAGCAACGACAGCUUUGAAAGAACAAAUGGCUAAACAAGCGAAAGAUAAAUCAGAAGAAGAAAAAUUGAGAAAGCAACAAGAGAAAGACGAAGCACUGAAAGAAAAAAAAGCAAAAGAAGCCGAUAAAGUAUUAGAAAGCACACAUAAACAAUUAACUACAGAAAAAAAACAAGGGGCGACUAAGCGACUAAGCGAAUUAAAGGUACAUGAUAAAGAUGACACAGGGAAAGCUGAAAAAACAACUGCUAAAGACCAAAAAGCGAAAGGUGCCGACAUGGCAGUACUUUUGAGAGAAGAGCUUGCUAAGCAAAAGCAGCUGGAAUUAGAAAAAGAGAAAAUCAGAAAACAGCAAGAAAAAGAAAGAGAACUGCUUGCUAAGAAACUCAAAGAAUUAGAAAGUAGUAAAGAAGCUAAAAAGGCUGCGAUAAAAGCGCCUGUUCUUGAACCUGAAGAUUCGGUUGAUGAAAUUAGUACUGACUUUACUAUGUUACCAAAACAGGAUGAAGUGACGGAUAUUAUUAUAGGCCAGAAAAUAUAUAACGUUAAAUGUGCUAAGAAAACCGAAGACGACAAAACACCGAUCUUAGAAUUAGAACAAUCUCAGAAACAGGGGCAACAUUCAGAGCAAAUAACUGCUAAACAGGAACCUGAAUUGCAUAAACCUGAACCACAAGAAAGAUUUACUAAGCAAAAACCUGGGCCGCAAACGCCCACGCAAUCCCAAAAGAAGGCCACCGACUCGGAAGCUAAAGGUGUAAUAAGGUAUACUUUAUCCGAUCGCACGUUCAUUGAAAAGGGCUGGACUAUGCUGCCCACGGAGAAAGUAGUUAGAAAGAUGAACGUUUAUCGCAUGAGGCCAGCCAAGCCUGAGUUCGACUGGUUUGAGCACAAUAAAAACAAAGGAUUGCUGACAUACGACUCCGGUGAAAAGUUGGCAGAGUUUGACGACGACGGGCACGGUCGCUGGUACUACAGGACUGGCAAAUUAGCGCUGGAUUAUUACGACGCAGAAGAAACUAAUGCUGGCCAGAGAUUUGUUGUCUACAGCACCGGCCAACCCGAUGAGCGGGGCCGAUCCAGACCGAGGACUCUUCUAGCAACCUUCGACUACUCGGGGAACGGCAUCGUGUUUGACCACACUGGCAAAAUACGGUUAAAGUAUAACCAAACCGAAGGAGUAGUUCUCGAUCGAACCAUAGGCCCCGUGUCUCAUUGGAAGUGGCACACCCUGAACGAUCCCCCAGUCCUGCAGCAAGUCAUGAUAGAUACCCAAAUGCCAUAUAAAGAUCCCACUAUCCUAGCAAUGGGUGACAAACAAGCAGACGCUAAACGACCAGACAAUGAGGAAAUGUUAGCCAUAGAGUUCGAAAACUUUCUGAAAGAGAAGCGUCAAAAGAUAACGCAAUCACAAUCAUUCAAGCCGUUUCAGAUUAAAAUGAAAGCAUUGAAAAUAAAUGAAAAUUUUUCUCUACGCGUCUUAGACCAAGCAUCGAUAUAUUUGUUUUUUAGAGAUGGUACUACAAAUUUGAAGCUGAAUAUUGGCAUGGUGUUGGAUCAUAAGGAGAUCGUGGACACGGACACGGCGGAGAUAGGGGAAGUGUCGAAUACAUUGGACAAGUUGCCGGCUUGUACGGACAGUAUAGCAGAAUUGCAGAAGGCCGUGGCAAAGGCGCAAGCGCAAGAGCGAUUGCGUGUGCGCCACGAGUUACGGUUGAAACCUCCCCAGCCGUCCGAGAGCGCAGACGCGCUGCGUACCGGCUGCUCGCGCCCAUUGCGCACACCCGUCGUGCAAGCUUCUUUAUCGUCACGUGACAAAAUGACCCCUAAACGCUUUAAGCCGUCAUCGAGUUGCAAUUUGUAUUAUAGUACACAACUUUUUUAAUUCAU